ACUACUAUACUAAAGAUAAAAAGAAGGAAUUUUUAUCGUAAUCUCUGAAGUGAAAGCAAGCAAACACAAGUAGACUGCUCUUCUGCAGAGAGAGAGAGAGAGAGAGAAUGGAGAAACUGGUAGAAGUAUCUGAACAAGAGGUACGAAUAGACUUCACUUUAGGAACCAAAUGUCGAGCCACCGUCCGCCUCACUUCACUCACUUCCACCGCUCCCAUUGCUUUCAAAGUUCAGACCUCUUCCCCCCACAAAUUCCUCGUUAACCCUCCCUGCGGACUCAUUCCUCCUUCAUCUUCCUCUUCUUUCCAAAUCAUCCUCAAACCCCAAUCUCAGAUCCCCUCUACUUUCCCUCGCUCACCCUCCGACCGUUUUCUAGUCAAGACCGCCUUAGCUCCCGAUCUCGCCCGGACCAACUCUUCCUCCGAUUUCAUCAACUCCUGGUUCAACAACAACAACAACAUCUCCUCUCACAACGACAUUAAACUCAAGAUUGCCUUCGUCGGCCCUUUUCUCCUCCGCCACGCCGUGGCUGCCGGCGAUUACGAUGCUGUUCGAAACAUAAUAAAGCGGCAGAAGAAGACUCUUUUGGCUGAAUUCGGAAACAAGGACUCCGAGUCAUUACUACGAGUCGCCAACGAGUUGGAUAACUCGGAUGAGAUGGUUAACCUACUCAUUGAAUCCGGGUUGAGAACGAAAGCGAAUCAUCCGAGACAAGAGGAGGAGGCGGCUGUGGGAGGAUCGAAAGGGUGGACGGCGCUACACGUGGCGGCAGCAUUCGAUCGGACGGAGGAGAUUGCUAAUUUGGUGAGUGGAUGGAAUCGCGAUGAACUAGAUUGCAGGGACAAGGAUGGGCGGACGGCUUUGCAUUUGGCAGCAAGCAAAGGGAACGAGAGCUGUGUUCGUCUGCUUGUGAGUGCUGGAGCGGACGUGAACGCUCGGAGUAAAGACGGACGUACAGCUCUUUACAGGGCGGCGGCUAAUGGUAACCGUAGGAUGGUUGAGAUGUUGAUUGAGAUGGGUGCAGAUCCCACCAUCUGUACCAUUGAACAUCAUCAUUCCCGCUCAGCUAUUGACGCUGCCAGAGAAAAAGGACAUAAAGAAGUGAUGGAGAUACUAGAAAGGGGAGAGGCAGUAUUGGACGCAGCAAGAAGAGGCGAUCUACUCCACUUAGAGGCUUUACUGGAAAGAGACGCCACCACAAAUUUCCGGGAUCAGUAUGGCCUCACUGCCCUUCACGUGGCAUCCAUCAAGGGUUUUAAAGACGCGGUUAUGACACUGGUCGAUUUCGGGGCGGAGAUCGAUUGUCGGGACGGGGAAGGACACACGCCGCUCCACCUGGCCGCAGAAGGGGGCCAUUUGGAGACUGCUCAGGUGUUGAUAAACAGAGGUGCUGACAUUGACGCAAGAACACAAAAGGGGGCCACUCCGCUGUACAUGGCUACAACAGUCGGACAGAAUGAAUUGGUUCAGUUACUUAUUAGUAGGGGAGCUUCGUCAUCUACAUUUCCAUCUUCUUCAUUGUCUUCUUCUGCUGCUUUGUCAUUGUCAUUCUAGUGUAAUACCAUCUACUAAACACAUUACUAUUAUUAUCAUAUGAUUUUUAAGCUUCAUAAAACCAUUCAAUU